AUGGGUGAUAAAGCUAUAUUAACUGAAGUUCUUGAAGCUUCACAUUUAACUGAAACAUACUCAAAUCUAACAGCAAAAAAUAUAAUAAAACAAUUAAAAGCUACAAAUGAGGAUGGAUCAGUAAAAUAUGAAGGAUUUGAUAGAGAAAAUGGUGAAGUAGAAAUAAAAACAGGUGAUGAUGGUGAUAAAAAAUUACCCGAUGAAAAUUCAUUUACUGUUGAUGAUGCUAUUGAAUUUUUGGGAUUUGGAAAAUUUCAAAUUAAAAUUUCUUUAUUGACAGGAUUAGCUUGGAUGGCUGAUGCUAUGGAAAUGAUGAUAUUAUCUAUUUUAUCACCAGCACUUCAUUGUGAAUGGGGAAUAACUUCAGUGGAACAGGCAAUGAUAACGACUGUCGUCUUUUCUGGGAUGUUUUUAUCAUCAACAGUAUGGGGAAAAAUUUGUGAUCGUUUUGGAAGAAAAAUUGGUUUGAUGUGUUCGGCUUUAUUGACAUUUUCUAUGGGAGUUCUUAGUGCAUUUGCACCAAAUUUUAAAAUGUUCCUUUUAUUUAGAGGUUUAACAGGAAUUGGUAUUGGUGGUGUUCCACAGUCAAUUACUUUGUAUGCAGAAUUUUUAGGAACAGCACAAAGAGCUAAAUGUGUCGUUUUAAUUGAAAGUUUUUGGGCUGUUGGAGCAUGUUUUGAAUCAUUACUUGCAUACUUUAUUAUGGAAUCAUUAGGUUGGAGAUGGUUAUUAAUUUUAAGUUCAACACCAUUACUUAUUUUUGCUCUUUCAUGUAUAUGGUUACCAGAAUCACCAAGAUUUUUAAUAUCAGCUGGAAGGAAAGAUGAUGCUUAUCAUAUUUUACAAAGAGUUGCUAAUGAUAAUAAUAAAAAUCUUCCUGAUGGUAAUUUAAUUAUGAUACAAUCACAUAAUCCAGAAACUAGAGGACAUAUAUCAAAUUUAUUUACACCUAAUUUAAGAAAUACAACAUUUUUACUUUGGUUUAUUUGGAUGGUUAAUGCAUUUUCAUAUUAUGGUAUUGUUCUCCUAACAACAGUAUUCCUUCAAUCAUCUGAAGAAUGUCAUGGUGGUGGACAUAAAACAAAUAUAACAGAUAUAAGUGGAUGUAAACCGCUUAUCAAAGAUGAUUAUGUUGAUCUUUUAACAACAACAUUUGCUGAAUUUCCUGGUUUAAUAAUAACAGCAGCAAUAAUUGAAUGGUGCGGAAGAAAAAAGACGAUGGCUGUUGAAUUUGGAAUAUAUUCAAUAUUUACAUUUUUCCUUUAUUUUUGUUUAAGUCGUCGUUCCGUAACAGCAUUUAUUUUUGUUGCCAGGGCAUUUAUUUCAGGUUCAUUUCAAUGUGCAUAUGUUUAUACACCUGAAGUUUAUCCAACUUCUCUUCGUGCUAUAGGUUUAGGAGCCAGUAGUAGUAUGGCAAGAUUGGGAGCUAUUGUUACACCUUUUGUGGCACAGGUGGCAUCUACUCAUAGUUUAUAUAUACCAAUAACAGUUUAUGGUUUAUUUGCUUUGCUAGGUACAAUUGCAUCGUUAUCUCUUCCUAUUGAAACAAGAGGCAGAAAAAUGGCUGAUACACAUUAA